AUGCGAUCGGGCCCCAAUGAGGGGCGUUCAGUUUACGCAGUGGAGCAGCAGCAAGUUCAUGGGUCCUACGGCGGGCACUACGGUGUGCAAGGUGGUCAACACGGGGGAUACCAGGGCGUACAACACGAUGCGGGCUGGACAGAGCGAGUUCUCGAUGAAAUGAAGGAUAUGCUACUUCUCCUAACCCCGGAGGGCCAAAUCGCCUAUGCCUCACCAUCGUGCAAGUAUAUCACCGGCUGUGUUGCAAAGCAACUCGAGGGAAGUCUUCUGUCACAGUACAUUCAUGAGGACGACCAGCCAAUAUUCCAGAGAGACUUGGAUGACUCGGUCGCCGCGAACCGGUCGUUCCGUACCUACUUGCGAUUCCAAAAGACCAACAACACAUAUUCUCUCCUGGAGGCUUAUGGCCACCCACAUCUUGCAAAUCAAGAUGAGCGUCCGACAGGGAGAACUACACCCGCCAGUCGCUGCACCGGCUUUUUCCUCGUGUGCCGACCAGGUCCCAACAAGGUCUCGCAGCUUCUUGACUCCUUUUUGGAACACAAGAUUGAGAAUGCACGUCUGAUCCAACAGAUUGCCAAACUGAAGCAAGAAGAAGAUGAAGAGGCGACCGCGACUCGGGUGGUCUAUUCUAGGAGCGAGCAGGAUAUUCGCGCUCCCGUGACCGAGAACCAGGGCCAACAAUCCUCUCGUUCAGGGGAAAUAUCUAGUGAUCCUGACACUACGGACACCGUGGGGCCGAACUCGGAUGAAUCCGACACAGGGCAAUCGACGGGAUAUUACCCAGAGCGGAAUGUCGGCGAGGCUUACUCACACAUCGAUGGCAUCGAAGUCAUGACCGGUCUUAACUAUGCAGAGGGCGAGAGAUCGCAAGGCCUCAGUACAGGUGUCAGCCGUGGCCGUCUUAUACAUUGCGAUAUCGACAUCACCACGGCUGCUGACCAAGAGCGCAAUGCUCAGGAAGGUGAUCGCCGUAAAAGGCUCAAGGCACAACAUGUCUGUAGCGACUGCGGAACGGCAGACUCCCCGGAAUGGAGAAAGGGGCCUAAUGGGCCUAAGACCUUGUGCAAUGCUUGUGGCUUGCGCUGGUCUAAAAAGGAGAAGAAGCGCCAGGAAUCGGCGUAA